AUGGUUCAUUCCAGGUCACCAUUAUCUGAAGGGGAAGAUGAUAAUUAUGGUCAAAUCCAUUUACCAAUAAAAGACAUGGUGCUUGAUAAAUUUGGUGGAAAAGCAUGGAAGGAGAUUUUAAUUGUCAGUGGUCUUGACGAUGAAACUGACUUUUUGGUAUUUCAAUCAUACCCUGAUGACAAAACGUUUGCUUUACUCAGAGCAGUAAGUUCUGUGUCCGGUACGCCUUAUGAUACAGUUCUAGAAGAAUUUGGAGAUUAUUUUGUCCAGUACUGCUUCAGACAUGGUUAUGAUCAACUGUUGCGGACACUAGGAAAAGACUUUAUAUCAUUCAUCCAAAAUCUAGAUAGUCUACAUUCUUACCUGGCACGUACCUACACUCAGCUUCGCUUCCCGUCAUUCAGAUGUGAAAGAAGAAAUGCUGAUUCUGUGAACUUACAUUAUCUUACAGAAAGGACAGGUCUCCAUCCACUUGUUAUAGGUAUUGCCAAAGCAGUUGCAAGAGACAUAUAUCACCAAACAGCAGAAAUGGAAGUAGAAAGCAUAUCAACGCAUGAAAGUGAUACCGGAAGUGAGAGGGAACAUGUUGUUUUCAUUGUACAAUUUAAAGAUUUAUCCGAAAACGAAAAAGUAGUUGUAAAAUAUGACAAACAACCAUUUACAAGUGUGUUAAGUGUCAGUCAUAUUUGUACUGCCUUGCCAUAUCAUAUCGUUUUUGACGAGGAUUUACAGAUUAAACAAUACGGAAAUAUGAUAUCAAAACUACUUCAAACUAAUCUACCACCGAACACCUGUAUGACGUCAUUAUUUUCUAUUAUGCAUCCACCAAUGAAAUUCCUGGUAGAAAAUAUUCUUAUGUUCAGUAAUAGUGUUUUCUAUCUGUCUCUGAAGAAAACAGACAGAACAGAUAAUCCGCUUAUUUUAAGAGGUGAAAUGAUGUGGUUAGCUGAAAUUAAGCAUAUGAUUUAUAUUUGCUCACCAAGACUGACAAGCCUAUCGGAACUGACGAAAUUAAACAUGUACUUGUCGGAUAUUCCUUUAUAUGAUGUUACAAGGGAGCUAAUUCUGCUUAAUCAACAACGAAUUGCUGAGAUUGACAUAGCGAAAAAGUUAGAUGAAACAACAGCUGAACUAAAGAAAACGUCACGUCUUCUGGAAGAAGAAAAACAUAAAACUGAUGCUUUACUGUACCAAAUGCUUCCACAGAAAGUCGCUAAUGAUUUGAAAAAUGGAAUAACAAUAGCAGCAGAGAAAUUUGAGGUAGUGACUAUCCUGUUCAGUGAUAUCGUUACCUUUACCAACAUAGCCUCUGAGUGUUCUCCCAUGGAAGUUGUUACCAUGUUGAACAAUCUGUAUGCGAAGUUUGACGAGAAAACAAAUGAACAUGAUGUGUAUAAGGUUGAAACAAUUGGUGAUGCGUAUAUGAUAGUCAAUGGUUGUCCGGAAAUCAAAGAGAUACACGUGCAAGCUGUAGCAAAUUUUGCUAUGGAUAUGGUAGAGGAGGCAGCUAAAGUAAAGUCUCCAGCUACAGGAUUAUCACUACAGAUAAGAGUAGGGUUUCACAGCGGGCCAGUUGUGGCUGGCGUGGUUGGUGUUAAGAUGCCUAGAUAUUGUCUGUUUGGAGAUACUGUCAACACUGCCUCACGGAUGGAGAGCCACGGCGUUCCUGGACGUAUACAUGUCAGUCCUCUAGCUUACAGUUUGCUCAUAAAUGAGGACUACAUAUUCAGAGACCGCGGAAGGAUAGAGAUAAAAGGUAAAGGUCUGUUGAAUACGUACUUUCUGAUUGGUCGACACGAUGAUCUGAUGGAAGAACCUGCUGAUACUUACUGUUCCCUACCAGUAAUUGGAAAGAAUGGGACUGAGAUCCAGGUGAUAGACGAAGAGCUUACGAAAAGACACGAUUUUGGCCUAGAUGUUACAAAUUUAGUUGAUAAUGCAGGAACGCAUGAAGAAAAAAGAAACGUUAAUGGAAAAACAAGGACUUUCAGUGAAACAUGUAAUGUUCUUUGAGACAGUAUUAAUUCAAUUUUUAUUCUACAAUUUCUACAAAAGAUCUUUUUCUCCAUUAGAAUAAAAUCGUAGU